AUGGAAAUGCAUCAAUCAGCAGCAUUAAAUCAUAUUCAUCAAGAUAUGUUUGAAUAUAAAACAAAACAAGAAGAUACAUCUUCAUCUAAUAUUGAUAUAUUUAAUCAAGAUUUAGAACAAGCAAAUGAGAGAGUAACAAAUGCUGAGCGAUUAGUUAAUAAAUUACGUGAAGAACUUGAACAAACACGAACAACAAAUAAUAAUUCUGAUGAAUUGAUUUCACAAGAAGAAACAAAACGGAAAUUACGUGAAAAACUUGAGCAUGAAUUAUUAUCUAAAGAACAUCAAAUAGCUACACUUGUUGUUGAAACACAAAAAUUACAAUCAGCAUUGAUUAAACUAAAAGAAACAUCAUUUACUCAGAUUUCUGAUCUUGAAAAUGUUGUAAGUGGAAAAGAAAAAUUAAUUACACAACUAGAAAGUAAAUUACAAAGUCAAGCCGAUUACGAUGAAAUCAAACGAGAAUUGACUGUAUUAAAAACAAUGGAAUUUCCAACAUCAACACGUUUAAAUGAAGAUCAAACAGAAAAUUUACCUAAAAAAGCUUUAGAAAUAUUAUUAUUAGAAAAAAAUCGACCAUUAAAAACUGAACAAAUACAAAUGAAAGUAUCACAAAUUGAUUCAGAAAGUAAUACUAAUCAUCAACAUUCAUGUCGUCAUUGUACUUCUCCAUGUUUACAUCAAACAAAUACUCCAUUUUUACCUGUACCAUCACUUCUUUCAUCAUCAUCAGCUUCUUCAUCGUCGAAUUCAUCUUCCUCUCCUUCGUCACCAUCUCAAAUUUAUUUAAAAAAUCAUUCACAAUCAACAACAACAACAACAGCAAUCUGUAAUGGUAAUGAUGAUUUAACACGAUCAUUAAAUGAUUCAUCAACAAAAUUUCUUCCACCACCGCCAUCUUCAUCAUCACUUUCAAUAAUAACAAGUGCAUCAAAAGAAAAUCUACAAUUAUGUAAUUCAACAAAUUCAAAAUAUCCAUCAAUUGCUUCAUCAUGUUCAACAAUGGUAACUCCAACUGCUUCACUUCUUUCAUCAGUUCAAACAACAACUACAACAACAUCAUUAACGCCGUCCAAUCUUUUUCCAGGUCAACAACUUUCAUCCGUCCAAUGUACAAAACUUCAUUGUCCACCAACAUCAUCCUGGAGCCCAUCAUUAUCUACAUCAUCAGGUGUAUCAAGUAUUGCAACAACAUCUACAGAUAAUCGAACAGUAAUUAAAUCGUCAAAACCAAAUUCACCUAAACCAUCACCAUCACCAACAAUUCUUGUGCCAUCAACAGCAUCCACAAAUAAUAAUAAUAAUAACAAUGCCAAUGCCAGUAUACUUGAACCACUUGAUACAACAUACGUUGCAAAUGUUGUACGAAAACUUCUUGCACAACAUAAUAUAGGUCAACGAAUAUUUGCUCGUUAUAUAUUAAGUUUAUCACAAGGUACAGUUAGUGAAUUAUUAUCUAAACCAAAAUGUUGGUCAAAAUUAACAGAAAAAGGAAAAGAAAGUUAUAGAAAAAUGUGGUGUUGGGCAAAUUCAGAAGAAAGUAUAUUAACAUUAAAAAGUAUUAGUCCACGCAAAGGUAUGAAUAAUCGUUCAAAAGACAAUCCAUAUCCAGCUGUAAGUACUAAACAUACCGAUCCAGCAACACAUCAAAAAAUUGUUCAAAUUUUGGCUGAUGCUCAAAAACAACAAAUUGCAGCUGCAGUUGCUGCUGCUGCAGCUAAUAUGGAUCAAAAACCUUCUCUAUCACCAUGCAGUUCGUUACCGAAUGAUCCAUCAAAUUCACUUGAAUCAAAAACGCCAUCUUCAUCUUCAUCAUCAUCAUCUACAGCAAAUUCUCCUUUAAAUGAAAAUAAAUCAUCAUCUGAUCAACAAUCAUUUUUAUUACCUAUUCUACCACCACCACUACCACAACUACCUCAAUCAUCAUCAUCAGCCACAGGAAAUACUCCAACAUCUUUGUCAAUGCUUUCUGCAUUUGUUCCAUCUUUAUUAAUGCGAACAGCAAAUGGAUUUAAUAUGGAUUCAUCAUCA